AUGACGGCUCCACAGGCGGUAAGUUCAGUUGCUUUGGUCAAGAUAAAAGUGGAAAAUCCGGCCGAGCCGGUUUCUCUCCCACCAGCGGAGUUCUACGAUAGCAUAACCUCUAGCAAAGUAGCAGAUUCUCCUAGCUGCUGCUUUAUAUUGUACUGUAUGAAUAAGGUUCAGUUGGAGGUUGAGGUGGAAAACGGCAAUGACAAUCCGUUUGAGCUUUUCAAGGAUUGCUAUAAGCGUAUCAAGAGAAUGAGACGUGGCCAACAACUGCAGAGGUAUUUCUCGGUAAGCAGCUUGAGGAGCCCCCUCGCGCAAGAUUUGGGAGAUCCCUGGGAUGGGACGACCGUACUGAAAAGUGAGAGCGACGGCCAAGUGCCGGCAGCCUCAGAGAUGUCGAUUUACCCACAGAUUCUGAGGUUCCACAGGUUUAACUCUCCGAUAGACACCGAGAAGCACUUGAAAGCGUAUCUUAUUCGUUUCCAGUUGGUCCUGGAGAAGUUCAGCUCAGGUAAUUUGUGUCAGCUCUAUGUCAACUGGCUGAAAUUGAUCGAGUCGUAUGUGGAACUGGUCUUUCGUGACCUUAUAGUCAAGUGGUGCCAAUAUCUACAUUCGAUACGAGCUGCUGGCCAGCGGCGCAGCAUGAAGGCUUCAUUGGAGACGCUGUUGCCUAAAAUCUGCAAUCGAUUUUGGAGGCUAUACUUUGCGUUUCACCAUUGCAUACGUAAAUCCAUUGGAUCUCUUACUACCCUCCUGUCGAGACGUGCAGCCACCCUUAAUCCAAAGUCACAUCAAAAGACCGGCUCUAAAACGACGUUCGGAUUAUGGCUAGAUUCAAUCAACGGAAUAUUGAUUUUCGGUAAUGGUAUAGUGUCUCCUGCUGCGGACGCUGACUCACAGGGCGCGCAUGUGGCUCCUGUUUGCGGUAUCUGUCUGGAUACGGUGGCCCCGGAUACCACUACAAAGAGGCUGAUUUUGUUCCUGAAUUUCGCCAUCGUAGAAUGCUUCAUAAAUGAAAUCGAUUAA